AAGUCAUUUGUUAAAUGGUUUAUCUUGGUGUUUCUUUAUGAUUCCUUUUCUGAUUUCUUAUGCUUUUAUUUUCUAUUUUUCCCAACUCGAGCCCCUGAAAAUGAAAUCUUAUGAUAUACUCUGAUCUCCUCCACCUCCCUCUUUCCUAUCCUGAUGUUCAUAUGCCACUAAUCACUAACUUUUCUCUCAUCUUACUGUUUUUGUUUGUUUUGUUUUUUUAUUUGUUCUGAUCCCUUUGUGCCCGUCUUUUUUCUGCCCCUCCCUGAUUCUGAAGUUUCUUCCCUUUAAAACAGAGUUCUUUCUCCCCACCGUCGCUUGUCUAGCACUUUAUGGUCUGUACCUUUCAUAUCUAGCACUUUCAGGUGAAUGCUAUGAUAACCCCCGCAUCCCCUCCGCUCACAGAAGUUUUGUGCCUACCAUCGCAUCAAACGGCAGGUGGCAGCAGAGAGCCUCUUACAUAACGCACAACCUGCUUUUUGCGAAUUGAGAGUAGAGAUGUUGUGUUUGAAGGCUGUGUAACAGCUGAGUGCUACACCUGCAUCCACGCAGUGAACUGCAGCAAGUGAGGUUUACACGAUUUCCACAUCGAAGUGCUUUAAAUCCGGUAAUCUGUGAAAUCACUGCGCCUCAGUGGUGGCCCGUGAUUCUUACACUGAGUUUUUUGUUUUUUGUUUACAUAUGAGAUGUGGUAGCGAUGCUAUGGCCCUUCCCCUAUAAGUCACGGAUACGUAACACCACACGCGCUCCCCGCUGCCAUAAUGUGCAUAUUUUGUACCGAGUGGAAAACAACACUGGCGUUUUGUUGGGUGCGUGAUUUUACUCCCUGUGCAAUAUUUACAACGGAAAACUAAUUGUGGAUUUUUUAAAUUUUACUUGUUUACUUGUUACUUGGUUUGAGACUGAAAAACUUUGUCCGCGCGUCUCAUCUUGGAGCAUUCUAAUCGAUCUCUGUGAAGCCUCAUCUGCAGACACUCGCUGCCCGUGAGGUGAGAGUGUGUUUGCAGAGGGAGGAUAACCUUCUUGAGUUCGUUUCAGUAAUUGUUAAACAACUUCACGUGGACUGACCACGGCAGCACAUGGUAAUUUAUCUUGUUUGUCUCCAUAACACCGCCUCAGUAUCUGGUCGGUAUUUACAACCAUCUUCCGCCUCCAUCUCCCCGGCUCAUCCACUCCAUUGGAGCCAAUUUGACCUACAUUUGAAAUGAAUUUCGAUCAGAUCCUCUCUGCCAUUGGAGGCUUUGGCAGAUACCAGAAAAUUCUCUACAUAUGGAUAUGUCUACCUCAGAUCCUCCUCGCCUUCCACAUGCUGGUGAGCAUCUUCACCGGAGCCACGCCGCCCCAUCAGUGCCGCGAGGGCUCGAGUCCAGCAGCGGGGAAUCAAUCCCUGUAUUCAGCCACCCUGAACUUCAGCCUCUCCAACUCCUCCUGCUUCUCGCAGGAUGUCGUGCUGCUGGGCAACGGCACUCAGCGCGUGCCGUGCAGUGACGGAUGGGUCUACAGCAGGGAGACUUUUGAGAGCACCACCGUCACCGAGUGGGACCUGGUGUGCAGCAAAGCUGUGUUCAACAACAUUGGAUCAUCUAUCUACAUGUUUGGCCUGCUGGUGGGAUCGGUGGUGUUUGGAGCCAUGGCUGACAGGUAUGGCCGACGCUUCGUCCUGCUGCUGUCCCUCGCUCUCCAAACUGUGUUCGGUGUCGCUGUGGCUUUCGCACCCAACUUCCCGGUCUAUGUGAUUCUUCGCUUUGUAGUUGGCACAACAAUAUCUGGUGUCAUCAUCAAUGCUUUUGUACUUGGUACUGAGUGGACAUGCACCAAGAGACGCAUGCUGGCUGGUAUCAUCACCGACUAUGCCUAUGGCCUGGGUUAUAUGCUGCUAGCAGGAGUAGCAUAUCUUAUACGAGACUGGAGAAAGCUGCAACUAGCAAUAUCAGCCCCGGGCUUCCUGCUUAGCUUCUAUAUAUGGGUGCUUCCCCAUUCGGCCAGAUGGUUGUUGGCCAACAACAGGAGAGAGGAGGCCAUCGCGCUCCUUCGCAAGGCAGCGCUGGUUAAUGGUCGUGUCUUACCUCCCACCGUACAGGUUGAGUGUGAGAUAUCGGUCGAGGGGAAGAGAAGUCACUCGGCUGUCGAUCUGGUACGCACGCCUCAGAUGAGGAAAAGAUCGCUGAUCCUGUUCUAUGUUUGGUUUGUGAAUGUGCUGGUCUAUUAUGGUCUCUCACUGGGCGUGUCCAGGUUGGGGACAGACCUCUACCUGACCCAGUUCGUGUUCGGGCUGGUUGAGAUCCCAGCUCGUUCUCUGGUCCUCGUCGUGCUGCCCUUUAGCCGCCGACUCACUCAGAGUGGCUUUCUGGCAAUCGGAGGCCUCGCCUGUCUGCUCAUGCUUGCAGUGCCUGCAGAUCAUCCCAAUCUCCUGAGUGGUCUCGCCAUGGUAGGGAAGUUUGGCAUAGCGGCGUCGUUUGCUGUGAUCUAUGUCUACACUGCUGAGAUAUUCCCCACGGUGCUUCGGCAAACAGGAAUAGGCGUAUCCUGUAUGUUUGCAAGGAUGGGUGGUGUGCUGGCACCCAUUAUCAACAUGCUGCAUAACCACAGCCCGGCCACACCCCUCGCCAUCUUCGGCAUCUCUCCGCUUCUGGGAGCUGUCCUUGCCCUGGCCCUUCCUGAAACUGCCGACAGACCUCUUCCAGACACAGUGGAGGAUGCAGAGAACUGGGAUGUUAGGACACCUCCAACCGAGGAAAACCCAGAGAUGUGUGAAGAUGAUAGCCAAUCAGGACGCAGCACAGAGAAGCUGGAGUUAUGCAAUCUGGCAAGCCACACCUAAUGCACAGCCUCAGCUUUGAUGCCAGAAAUACUACUUUUCACAAAACCCUCUAUGCAAUUACACGUCAGGUGCAGAACAUAUUUCAAAUGGAAAAAAAGCAGCACAGAAAUAUCUGUGUUUUACAAUCUUUUAAAUCCAUCAGAGAUUUACACCUUUUACUUGAGGUUUGAAUGUGGGUAGGCAGAAUAAUAGCUCCUAUUAGGAUUUUGCAUAUGUGUAUACAGUAUAUUCAUCCAUGCAUGAGAGCAUUCAUACAUCACUUCCCUGCCACCAGAACGUCUGCACCGCCUUUUGGGUGAAAACAAUCAGUGUAAAAGUGCAUUGCUGUAGGGUCUUUACAUCAAUAUAAAGCUGAAUUGGAUUGUUCUGUAAGUAUGUCAUUUAAGUCAAAUUUAAAGAGUAAACAGUCACAUUUGUAAAAUCUGCCAGUUUAAUAAUAACUCUAUAGCAACAAUGAAAACGCAGCAAAAAUUAAUUUAAUCUUCUCCUGUAUGUAAGUCGGCUAACAGUUAGCUUGUCAGACAUGGCUACAGCAAGCUAAAGCGACUUCCUCUCUCCUUCUGCGACACUCGUUAACUCCAGAAACUUCUUGUAGAACCACAUGUAUUAACUUGAAGUAAUAGUUCACUGUAUGACUUUCUCAGUCUACCACGUUAUCGUGGAGGAAUUCUGGGACAUCUUCCUUACAGCGUUGUUUCAGUUCAUUGAGGUUUGCAGGCAUUUGUUUAUACACAGCUCUGUUAAGCACCUGCAACAGCAUUUUAAUCAAAUUGAAGUCUUGACUUCGACGGGACCAUUGUAACGCCUGGAUUCUUUUCAGCCGUUCUGUUCCUGCUGUGCUGUUACGUGACCAUAUUUGGGUCAAACGUUAGCUGACGGACAGAUAGUCACACGUUUGACUUUAGAUCACUUGUGUGUACGGAGCAGUUCAUGGUCGACUCAGUCACUGAAAGAUGCUUAGGUCACAUGGCCAACAGGAAGCCUGAAUCAUCACCCCUCCACCACCGUGCUUCACAGCUGAUAUGAGCUGUAAGUGCUGAUAUGCUGAGUUUGGUUUUUGCCAAAAGAUAUUCUUCAGAAGUGUUGUGGUUUGUUCAGAUGUUACUGUUCAAACCUAAGCAUUGGUGCCAUGUUCUUUUUAGAGAGGAGAUGUUCUCCUGGUAGCUCCUCACAAGCAAGCGACUUUUUCUGUCUUUUUUAAAUUGUACUGUCGUGAACUUUAAGAUUUAACAUUCUAACUGAAGUGUGUAGACUCUGAGAUGUAGCUCACGUAGCUGUUUUUUGCUGUUACUCUGAGCAUUUGGUGGUCUGACUUUGGGGUGUCCACUCCUCUGAAGAUUCGGUAAUGUGUUAACACACACCUGAAUGCACCAGACCAUCAAACGUCUGCUUUUUUAGAAGUGGUCACGCUUGUUGUUAAUCAGUUAAAUAAACUGUGUUCUAUUAUCCUCUUAAUUGCUUUGGAAGCAUUAAAUGUGUACUUGGGUCUUCACAGGCAGCAUGAAGUCCAGUGAAAACUUUCUGUUUCACGUGACUGUAACGGUGCUGAUUGUUGAUCUGUGUGUGCUGCGUGCUAUAAAUUCGCAAAGAUCUCCGGACUGUGUUUCGCACCACUUAAAAUUAGGUAUUGUUUGCACUCAAGAUGGGUGUGCGGUUGCUGUUCAGGGCAAAAUCCCUGGACGCGCUGCUCUUGUGAUUGGGGGGCCGAACGCACAACUAAACGUUGUUUAAAGACUGGAGAAGACUAGCAGACUGCCAAAUGCAACGCACCUAUUCUCCAAACGUUAUUACUGCAUUUUAAACAUUUUGUUCAAAGAAACAUGCUUGAUAUUUUUGUAUGAAAGUGUUUUUGUUUUGGGCAUAUGUUGGUUGUAGCACAAAUUUAUAUUGCAAGCAACUGCCUCAUCUUCGUCUCAAGCCAAGAAAAAAGACUGCAUGCACUAGUGAAGCCUUUUAGUUAGACUGUUGUAUUUAAUAGAUUUGGAUGAAAAAAAAGAGAUUUGACUGUUAUCAGCAUGUGGAAGAAUAUUUGAUUUCAGCAUUGUUGUUGUUGUUGUUGUUUUUAGAUUUGUUCUCCUUUUAUUAUUGUCCAAUACAAACGGACUGCAGCAUGUAUCAAUGAUAACACUCUAUGAGUCUUCACAAGCAAUCAAGGGCUGUUAUUGUUAUGAAUUAUAGAAGAAAUUCGAUUCAUGUAUCGGAUGCACUUGAAUAUGCAAUAUGAUGCCAUACAGUGCUGUGAAGUAUCUGUGCCCCUUCUUGAUUUUAUUUUUACACAUUUAAUGAAAUCAUCAUUUAAAAACUGCGUUUUGCGUUUACUCUGGUUACUCUGCUUAAUGAUCUGAAACAUUGUGACAGAGAGGGACUCAGGAAGCGGGCAAAUACUUUUACACAACACCGUAUGUUUGUGCUGUUAUUCAGGCACAAGCAUUUACAUGUCCAACUGUAAAAGUGUAAAUAGAAAUAAAAUGCAAUGAUUUGCAAACCUCAUAAACCCACAUUUGAUUCACAAUAGAAUAUGGAAACAAUAUGGAACAUUUAAACUGAGAAAAAAAUGAUUCUAGCUGCUUAUCAGUCCUGAGUCUUUAUAUCUUGUUCUCUUCAUGAUGUGCCAAUUGCUUUCUGUUGGUGGAAGGUCUGGACUGCAGGAAAAAUUCCAAGAAAAAAAUGGAAAAAAAACCCCACAUGUUUUACAUUAAAGUGGCAAAUUAAUGAGAAAAAUGGCAAAUUUGCCAGGAAUAAUACAAAAAAACCUUUUUCUUAGAUGACCUAAUUUAAUUCUACUUUUCAAUUGGACUUUGCAAUAAAGAAAUCCUUGUGGUUUAAGUUCAGAAUCACCACAUUUUCAAAAGCGUCUGAGCUUCAAAGAGUCGUUGUCAUGAGCUGCUAUUCAUGAGAAAACACACUGAUUUGGAUGAGGUAACAGCCUGUGUGUGAAGUACUACAGCACAGUUGAUGUCUUGAGGACUUGUGGUACAUCAGGACGCAAUCCAACAGAUUAUUAAAGCAUUCAAUCCUCAUGGUUUGAAGGAUUGAAACCAUGAGAGGCGUCUUAGGCACUGUAGGCUCAAUGUUCUCUCUCAGAUUUGCCACUUUAAUGUCAAAAAUCUUGAGUUUUUUCUCAAAAUUUUAUACCCACUCUGCUUUUUUAAAAAAAUUUUGGGCCCUCAUAUGUAUGUAUAUGCCAUUCAGCACUAAUGGUGCCUUUUCAGAUGUGUAAUUGCACAGCCCCUGAUGCACUCACACACCGUGAAAGACACAGGAUUUAUCUGGGAGGACAUGACGCUCAUGUUUUCCAAAAGGAAUUUCACAUUUCUGACCACAGAGCAGUUUUCCAAUUUCUCCGGCAUCAUCAGAAGACGGCAUCAUUUCUUUAUCAUGUUCCUGUAUGACUUAAUAUUUUUGUGACCUUCCAUCAAUUUAAAAAAAAAAAGAAAAUAGUAAAGUCAAUUGAAACACUUGAUAUUAUUUCUGUUCCAUUGUGAAACCAAUUUGUUGUAAGAUUUUUUGUAGACUUAAAAAAACAAACAAACUAAAUCCCUUUUGCAAAGAAAUUAAAGAAACCAAUUGUAUAAAUGUCGAUAUGCAUGAUGUGAGAGUGCACGCCUUAAUGCUGGCCACAGCAUGUGAUGUUAGAUGUCAUUAUAAAUGCAACUUCUUUUUAUAGCAGGAAUAAUUUGUCUGUAAAGGACGAG